AUGGAUUCAUGGCUACAAGUUGUGGAGGACAAGACCGGAAUAAUGCACAUGCGACUGGUGGAUCACCAGGGGAAAUUCAAAUACCUCUUCGUAACCCAUUACAAUGAGAAAAUUCUCGAACCGGAUGUCGCCUCUGACAGUUCUUCUGCCAUCAGGCGCGACAAGGGAAAUGAUGCUACUGAGCCGGCAACAAGUUUCAUCUCGGAUGUAGGAGCCAGCGAUAGCGACACUACCAUAUCCUCAACACCAAGUUCGACCGCUGAAAGCAGAAGCAGGAACCUGGCAAGUACAUAA